AUGGCAGACAGUAAAGGAAUGUGUCCUCACAGACAACAUAUGGACGAUCCAAACAUUGUUUGGCGGGAAGGAAAACCCGACUUUACGCAGGUCAACAAAGCUUAUUUAGAGGGGAGGACACGAGUACACAAGGAGGGGUCCCUGGAGAAAAUUGUCGAAGAUUUAGUCAAGACUUGGGAAAUGGAAGCCUCACACAAAACCCGCAUUGAGGUAACACUCGAGUUCCGUGCAAAGGAUCAGUACAUGUACUUUAGUUGAUAAGUACCAUUUUGCUCUCCUAGACAGUGGUUGCUUAUCACCGGUCUGUUUCCAGUUUGGGCAAAUGGUAAGCAAAAUUCAAGACUGAUAAAUUUCGUCCCGAAACGUAUUUACCAUUUGUACAAAAACCGAAAACGGCUGCGAAUUAAGGCUUGAAACUGGUAUCAAAUAUGGCUCUGAAGAAAUGGAACAAUAACACAAGAAAUUCCGUGAGUUUUUUGCUAGCAACAGAAAAAAGACGUUUACCUGUGCGUGCGAUGGCGCGUACUGUCAAUUUACUUACGCAUUCGCCAUUUGCACAUUUCCCAUAAUACACCUUGUUUUCCUCCCAAACUUUUGCAUAACCAUUACAGUCGUCCCAUAAGAAAUUGAAGGUAAAGCUUAUGCAAAAUUUUUGGGGGCAAACAAGGUGUAUUAUGGGAGAUGUGCAAAUGACGAAUGACGCGAACUGUCGUUUUACGCUCUCCUAUUAGUGCUAAGAUCAGGACAGUUGACAGCCAAUCAGAUUUGAAAAUUUUGUUCUAUUUUUUAACUGUACACAGGCCUUCGGUCGAGGGAGGACUGGUGUGAUUAGCCGUACCCUGACACCAAGGGAGUUGUUUUUUAAUUAGUUUAGUUAAGUGCCUUUGCUUUUUCUUGUUCUUCAGGACUGGCAGUCCGUUGACACAGAAGUGUUCACUAUUCGUGCAAACAAUCAACGUUCAUUCACUUUAAAGGAAAUGAUUGAGGAGGGAAAUUAUAAUGCACUGAUGCAGCAACAACCGCUGUACAACAGCGAGGCUCACACCUUUGAAUCUUCCCAUGAGCUGUUUCGGUCUGCAUUCAGCAAAGGGUUUCCGUGGGAACUGAUAGAAGUCUUUUCCGGUUAGUAGCAUGACAGAUAGUGGCUGCGGUCACAUCUACGACGUAACUAAAGUUUAACUUAAGUUAGUGUCAAGUUACGUGUUGUCAUACCUAACUGUAGUUAGUGCUUUCGGUCGACAUUGCGGUCACACCACGCAGUUAACAACAGUUAGUUCUAAUUAGCCUAUGUAAAUUUUUUGUUUGUUGUUUUUGGUUUCCCCCUCGGUUCACGCUGGGUUUUUAUUUUUCAUAUUUAUAUAGGCUCAUCUCGCACGUGCGAAAAGUGUCACAUUCUGAUUGGUUGUUUGCUUGUAAGCUUAAGACUAACCCACGAACCCUGCUUGGGUAUAACUAUAGUUAGGGCCUGUUUACAUGGAGGUAGGGGACCCCAGGUAGGCGAGGUAACCCGCUUAGGUGGGGUAACCCGCCUGUCCAGAUACUCUCUCAUUUUAAUUUGAUCACGUUUACAUGUUAAGUGGGGUGACCCGCCGCAUGUUACCUCACCUUUCUGGGGUCCACCACCUCCAUGUAAACAGGCCCUUAGUCUGUAUUGUUUUGGAUCACCCAGGCGUAAAUUUUCUAACUACAGUUAGAGCGAAAAGAGAAGCGGUCACAUUACCGAAAUAGCUAACUAUAGUUAUCCCCGUCUUAACUAUAGUUAAUAGCCCCAGAUGUGACCGCAGCCACUAUCAGUGAAAGUUUUCCCCUUGAUGGAUGAAUUUUUCAAUACAGACUCCAAAAAUACUAUAAUAAUCUUCAAUGGGAAAAGCAGAGCCCCACCUCGAUGUAAUUAUUCCAAUCUUUGCUACAACAAUGUCGAUCAUGAUCAGGAGGAUGAAAAACUACUACGUGGAUGUGCUGCCUCUAAAUGAUUGUUUAUUUAUUUACUUGUUUUCUAUUAAUUGAUUAAUUUUAUUUGUGUUCUUUGUAGGUCCUCCGAGAGUAGCUUUCUCCUGGCGCCACUGGGCUCACUGGACAGGACCAUAUAAGGGCAAGGACCCGACUGGAGAGUUACUGGAAAUGUUCGGCAUGGCUGUAGCUGAGGUGGACGAGAACUUGAAAAUCAAGUCUAUUGACGUUCACUAUGACCCUAAUCAGAUUCUGAUGAAGUUGGAGGGACAAAAAUAA